AUGGUCGGUGGGCGGACACACGACCUGUGCAGCAAGUGUGAACUUGAGACCGCAUCUCCACAGCAGAAGAUUAGCCAGCUGACAGGCUCUGCAGGGGACUCUCUUUGCCAUCUGCACCUUGGGAGCUGCAGCGGGCCCCCUUUAUUUCUCCCGAAGCUUGCCCGUGUUGAUACCAAAUACCCUUUCAGGGAAUUUUCAGGAUUGGGGGGCAGUUUUUUCCCCUAUGUCAAUCAUCACUAAGAAAGAAAAUAUUUCGUGAAAAUGAUGGAGGAUCACUUGACAAAGAUACCCAUGGCACCGUCAUGUUCGCCCACUGGGUCCACUGGGAGCGGAGGGACGGAUGACAGCAGAGGAGCCAAGAGUCCGGCCCCUGGCAAAGCUCUGAGCCCCGCUCUGGUCUGCAAAGUUUGCGGGGACACCAGCAGUGGAAAACACUAUGGCAUCUAUGCCUGCAAUGGUUGCAGUGGCUUCUUCAAGCGCAGUGUGAGAAGGAGACUUAUUUACAGGUGUCAGGCGGGCACGGGCAUGUGUCCAGUGGACAAAGCUCAUCGCAACCAGUGCCAGGCGUGUCGGCUGAAGAAGUGCCUACAGGCAGGCAUGAAUAAAGAUGCUGUGCAGAAUGAGCGUCAGCCCCGCAGCACCGCUCAGGUGCGUCUGGACUCCAUCGACGUGGACCAUGAGAAGGAGCACCUGGCCACCACACGAGAGCCCACCUCCUCCUCCUCCUCUUCCUCCUCUUCAAGUGGCUCUGUUAUCACGUGGCCCCACAUCACAUCAUCGAUAGCUAUCACCUCCUCCGUACCCCCCCAACGCUGCGUCAGCCCCCAGAACAACCAUCGCUUCAUGGCCAGCCUAAUGACUGCCGAGACUUGUGCCAAGCUAGAACCUGAGGAUGUUGAUGAAAACAUUGACGUGACCAGCAACGAGCCAGAGCGAGCGUCUUCCGAGUAUCACAUGGCACUUUACCCGUCUGCCUCAGAAAAUGUUUACGAGACCUCUGCGAGGCUCCUCUUCAUGUCAGUGAAGUGGGCCAAGAACCUGCCGGUGUUUUCCAACCUGCCCUUCAGAGACCAGGUGAUUCUACUGGAGGAGGCGUGGAGUGAGCUUUUCCUCUUGUGCGCAAUCCAAUGGUCUCUACCGUUGGACAGUUGUCCCUUACUCUCCCUGCCCGACCUGUCCCCUGGCAUGCAAGGCAAGACCAGCUACACGAGCCUUGACCUGAGACUCCUGCAGGAGGUCUUCAGUCGCUUUAAAGCCCUCGCUGUCGACCCCACAGAGUUUGCCUGUCUCAAAGCCAUUGUACUCUUUAAGCCUGAGACACGUGGUCUAAAAGACCCAGAGCAAGUGGAGAAUCUUCAGGAUCAGUCACAUGUGAUGCUAGGACAACAUAUCCGCUCUCACUACCCCAGUCAACACGCAAGGUUUGGAAAGCUGCUACUUAUUCUUCCGUCCCUGCGUUUUGUGAAUUCCGAACGCAUUGAGCUGCUGUUUUUCCACAGGACCAUUGGAAAUACUCCUAUGGAGAAACUACUGUGCGACAUGUUUAAAAACUAA